UUCCCCCGCCCCCCCCCCCCCACCGGGCGCGCCGGCGAGACCUCUUUUCGGUGUCCGGGAACCAAGCAGAGGCCGGGAAGGCCGGUCCCGUGCCGCUGGUCGCAGGGCUUCCUGCUCCGAAGUGGGAAAAUGUGCUGCGACAAGUGGAGCCGCGUGGCCGAAAUGUUUCUCUUCGUUGAAGACCUGGAGGAGGAUUGUAAGAUCCUUUGCCUGUGCUCCAGGGCGUUUGUGGAAGAUCGAAAAUUGUGCAAUUUGGGAUUAAAAGGCUACUAUGUCAAAGGCAAUGGUGACAAUGCAGGAGACCAAGCAACAGAAGAGGAGGAAGGUGGCACGGCAGAGUUACAUGACAGCAAAGGCUUAGGCUUAGAUGAAAGUGAACUUGAUUCUGAGGCUGAACUCAUGAGAAGUAUGGGACUACCACUCCAGUUUGGUGGUGUAUCUGCACAUAAGACUUUUGAGGUGUCUAUGAAUACUAGAAAUAAAGUUAAAGUCAAAAAGAAAAAGAAAAAACAGCAAAAGAAGUACUUACAUGAAAUUAUGAGAGAAUCUUGGAGACAAGAAUAUGAAGAAGAUGACAUUUUGGCUUCAGAUGAUCCGUCUUCAGUUGAACGGUAUGAGAACACCAAAACAUGUGAACUUCAAACCAAAAAGGACAUUGAAACUGAAAAUCUUCCUGUUGAAAAUACAUUAUGCCCAAAGCUAGAAAUUACGGAGAAGUGGGAAAAGUAUUGGAAUGAAUAUGGCGGAGGGCUCUUAUGGCAAAGCUGGCAAGAGAAACAUCCAGGUCAGACACUGUGUCCUGAACCUUGGAACAUUCCUGAUACAAAGGAGGAAUGGGAACAACAUUAUAGUCAACUCUAUUGGUAUUAUUUGGAACAAUUUCAGUAUUGGGAAGCUCAGGGUUGGACUUUUGAUGCCCCAGAAACCUGUGAUACAGAUGCUUGUGGGCCUAAAAUAGAAGUUGACGACGAGAAAGAUGAAAAUUGCAUAAAAGCAGACUUAACGUCUUUUCCAUCUUCAUCUAUUACCAUUGAUAGUGAAAGCUCUAGUUCAGGUGAUAAAGAGCAUAAUGAAAUACUUGAUGGAGUUAGUAACUUAAGUCUGAAUUCAGAGGAAGUGGAACAGAGCCGGUUAGAUUCUACAGUAAGUUACGAUGGAUGUCAGUUGCUAAGUGAAGUCGGCAGCAGCAGAGAAUGCCCUGCCACUGGCCAAAGUGAACCAUGUCACGGAGGAGCCAAGGACAGCAACGUGUCUGGGAACAGAAGCGCAAACCAACCAGCUCAGGAUUCACAGGACUCUUCCGAAGCAAACGCAAUCAGAGAAAGACCACACUCCAACAGUAUUGAUGGAGACGAGAGUGAAGAAGAUCCACCUGAACGUAAGCCAAGCAAACUCAAGAGGAGCCACGAGCUGGACAUCGAUGAAAACCCAGAUUCAGACUUUGAUGACAAUGGUUCCCUUCUGGGAUUCAAGCAUGGCUCAGGACAAAAAUACGGUGGAAUUUCAAAUUUCAGUCAUCGGCGGGUCAGAUACUUGCAGAAGAAUGUGAAGUAUAAGUCAAAGUUCCUGGACAUGAGAAGACAAAUAAAUAUGAAAAACAAACACAUCUUCUUUACUGAAGAGUCAGAUAAAACAUUUUUCAAGAAAAGCAAAGCUUUGACUAAGGUAGAAAAAUUUCUAAAAUGGGUGAAUGAACCAAUGGAUGAGGAAGCAUCACAGGAGUCAGUUUCUCAUGACAACGUGCAAGACACGUGCACAAGCAGUGAUUCAGAGGAGCAAGAAAUGUCUGUUAAAAAAGGCGAUGACCCACUUGAGACGAGCAAUCAAGAACCUGGAAAGUGUCACGCCGUGUCUUCAGCUGGUGAACUGGAAACAGAAAAAAAUGAAGGAGACAGCACAGUAACAGCUAUUACACAUCAGGAAGAUUGUGUUACUCAGAUUACACCAGAUUCUGUACAGGUCAACACUGAAACUGAAAGUAAAAAGAAGAAGAAGACAAAGAAAAACAGGAACAAAAAGGUAAUUGGCCUGCCUCCCGAGAUAGCUGCUGUUCCUGAGCUGGCAAAGUACUGGGCCCAGAGAUACAGGCUCUUCUCCCGUUUUGAUGAUGGGAUUAAAUUGGACAGAGAGGGCUGGUUUUCAGUGACCCCUGAGAAGAUUGCUGAACACAUUGCUGGCCGGGUCAGCCAGUCCUUCAAGUGUGACAUUGUAGUAGAUGCAUUUUGUGGAGUCGGAGGAAAUACCAUUCAGUUUGCCUUAACAGGAAAGAGAGUGAUUGCCAUUGAUAUUGAUCCUGUUAAGAUUGAUCUUGCUCGCAAUAAUGCAGAAGUUUAUGGAAUAGCAGACAAGAUAGAGUUCAUCUGUGGAGAUUUCCUCCUGCUGGCUUCUCACUUAAAGGCUGAUGUUGUGUUUCUUAGCCCCCCUUGGGGAGGACCAGACUACGCUACUGCAGAGACCUUUGACAUUAGGACCAUGAUGUCUCCAGAUGGCUUUGAAAUUUUCAGGCGUUCCCAGAAGAUCACUAAUAAUAUUGUUUAUUUCCUUCCAAGAAAUGCUGAUAUUGACCAGGUGGCAUCCUUAGCCGGGCCUGGAGGGCAAGUGGAAAUAGAACAAAACUUUCUUAAUAAUAAAUUGAAGACAAUCACUGCUUAUUUUGGGGACCUGAUUCGAAGAUCAGCCUCUGAAUCGUAACUGUGAAGGUGGUAUAAGGACAGACAAAUGGAUCGUGUGUGGUCAGAACAUUAUUCAGAUGAGACCCUUGAAUUUCUUUCUGCAUUCACUAAUGUCUUGUACCCACGAUCUUACAUCACCGUAUGACACAGGAGCUUACGGUAGAUUCAUGAAUAUUAAUGAGGUACUUGGACACCUUUGGGUAAUAUUAAUAACUGUGUGCAGUAUACAUGAGGAUAGUCAGUAUCUGAAAUGGAAAAGGUAGGCUUUCCCCUGUGCUUAAUGUCAGACAGUGUGUAUAUAUGUAUGUGUGUGUGUCUAUAUAUAUUUUUGAAUCGCACAUGUUUUGGUUUAACAUCUUUGUGUGUAAGUGGGUAUAAGAAACAAUCACCGUGUUUCUUCUAAUACAGCGAUAUAAAAAAACAGUGAAUGAGCUGUAGUCUGCCCAUUAGACCCCUGCUGAGAUAAAUAAUAUUAAGCCUUUAAGGGUAGAAACAUAAACAGUACAGAAGGGUAGAAAAUGAAAAGUAGAACUCUCCUACCCCUUCCCCUAUCCAUUAUUCAUUUAUCUAAAGAUAACGACAGCUAACAGUAUUUUAUAAUUCCUUUGGAAGACAGAAAAGGAAUUGCAGUAUACUUUAAUACACUUUUUUCCCUCUCAUUGAUGCACUGUUCAGUACUCCCCCCAUUUUUUACAUAACGUAUGUUUUUUUAAACUAUGUACAUUUCAUUAUCGUAUCUUGAAGACCUUUCCCAUAUCCUUACGUACAUGGAGCUCUACCUCAUUCCUUUUCAUGGCUAUCCUAUAUUCCAUCAUGUUGUAUUAAUUUAACUGGUCCCUGUUGAUGGACACCUGGACUGUUUUCAGUUUUUUGCAACUGUCAACUGUUGCAGGCGUCAUCAAGCAUUUUAGCUUUGUUAUCUUAUGUGUCAGAAAAAUAGUAUCUUAUUGUUUGUAUGUAUUCCUUAAUUAUGAAUGAGAUUUGAGCAUAUUUUCAUAUAUUUUGGUCUUAAUAGUUUUUCCCCUUUUAAACUUACUGUUCCUAUAUUUUAUCAGUUUUGGAGGGAUUGUUACUUUUUCUUAUUAAUAUACAUGACUUCUUCAUAAAUUAAAGAGCCCUUUGCCUUCAGUAGGAAUUGCAGAUAUGUUUUUCCAGUUUGUUAUUGGCCUUUGCUUGUUCUGUAGCUAUUUUGUUUUUGUUUUUGCCAUACAUGAGUUUUUAAUUUUUAUGUAGUCAGACCUAUCGGUCUUUUUCUUUGUUGCUUCUGGGUUUAUUUUUCUUAAAAGACAUUUUUCCAUUCCCAGAAAAUACAUACAUUGAUCUAAGCUUUUUUUUUUUUUCUAGAAUUUUACUGUGUUUGUGUCUUUGCUCCGUCUAGAAUUUGCUUUUUAACAUUCUCUGAUUUUAUAAAAUUAAUGUGUUUUAAAUUUCCAUUGCAAAAAUAAUAAGUAUAUUUUGUAAAAUGGGGUUUA